GUCACGCAACAAAACAUUUGAGACUAGACUAGAUCUAGUAAAGUAAAGAAGUGGAAGGAUUGCUCUCUUGAAAAUCGUGUCCUCGGCAACCAUUAUACAUGGCAGAUUGGUUUGUAAUUAAGAAGUACUACAAACCAUAGCUUUUCUAAGCAAUACUGGCAUCGUCGUCCGAUUCAGAAGACGGUGGUGUCUCACCCCCACCGCUCAAAAAACUGCGAUUUACACUCAGCACGAAUAUGCAGACCAAUGGCUGUUCACAACACAACGGGACGACCGAAGCUUUUGACUCGCACUCAAUACGUAAUCCCCCGUCUACUUCAAACGGAGAAGUGGCCACUAACGGUGCAAUGGGUGAUCAAAACAACAAAAACUUGUCAAGAACUGACCAGGAUAUUGUGAGGUUAAUUGGACAGCAUCUACGGGGCUUGGGAUUCAAUCAAACAGCGGAGCAGUUAAUAGCAGAAUCUGGUUGUGCUUUGGAGCACCCUACGGCCGCUAAAUUCAGGAUUCAUGUCAUGGAAGGUGAAUGGGACAAGACUGAGGAAGAUCUUCAAGAAAUGGAGUCACUUGUGAAGGGAGGAAAGUCUGAUAUAAUUAAAAUGAAGUUUCUCCUUCUGGAGCAGAAAUAUUUAGAAUUACUUGAAGAUGGUAUUCCCCUGAAGGCAUUGGACUGUUUGAGACAUGAACUAACCCCUUUGAAAUACAACACAGAAAGAGUCCAUGUUCUGAGCACGUACAUGAUGUGUAGCAGUGCAGCGGAACUACGAGAAAGUUCUCACUGGGAUGGGAAAGGUCCAACCAGUCGACAAAAGCUUAUAGAAAAUCUUCAAGAAUUCCUCCCUCCAUCCAUAAUGCUUCCACCUCGUCGUUUAUUCACACUUCUGAGUCAGGCGGUGGAACAGCAGAAAGAGAAGUGCCCAUAUCACAACACACAACUUGACUCGGAUCUCUCGUCCAUCUCCCUCCUCAUGGAUCAUAUAUGUACCAAAGAGCAAUUUCCUAAUGUUACUACACAAGUCUUAGACCAUCAGGACGAAGUGUGGCAUUGCCAGUUCUCCCCAGAUGGAACCAGAUUGGCAACUGGUUCUAAAGAUAACAAACUUAUUAUAUGGGAAGUUGAUACAGUUCAUUUUGAAGUUAAGAAUCCACGUAUGCUAGAUGAACACAAAUUUGGUGUGGGCUAUGUGACCUGGUGUCCAGACAACAUUCAUAUUCUUGUUUGUGGUCCAGAUGAGACAAAUGAAGUUUUUAUUUAUAAUACUGUGACGGGAGAAGUGCGACAAAGAAUACAUCAAAACACUGAUGACAGUUUGACCUAUGCAGCCUGGAUGCCAGAUGGACGUAAACUGGUAGUUGGUGGUGUCCGAGGACAGUUUUACUAUUGUGACAUUGAUGGCAAUGUUAUUGACUCGUGGGAAGGUAUCAGAGUCCAGGGCCUGGCUGCUCUUGACGACAAGGUAGCAUUAGCUGCCGACACGCACAAUCGUAUUCGAGGAUAUAACUUUGAUACUCUCCAAGACUUCCCCAUCAUUCAAGAAGAUCACCCUAUAAUGACUUUUGUUAUAGAUGAUAAAAAGGAAUCAAUUUUAGUCAAUGUUGCAUCUCAGGGCUCACAUUUAUGGGAUCUCAAAGACAAAGUUCUGCUUCGCAAGUUCCAUGGACAAACUCAGGCAUUUUUUACCAUUUACUCAUGUUUUGGUGGACUCAAUCAGGAUUAUGUGGCCAGUGGGAGUGAAGAUCACAAAGUGUUUAUUUGGCACAAGCGUCGGGAGACUCCUGUUGCUGUACUAGAAGGUCACAGGAUGACUGUCAACUGCGUACACUGGAACCCAACAGAACCCAGCAUGUUAGCCAGCGCUUCUGAUGAUGCCACUGUCAGGAUCUGGGGGCCAAAACACAGACUGGAAAAAAGAAGAAAAGAUAGCUCUACAAGCUCAGGUCGCAGUUCCCCUGUAUGACAACUCAUUUCAUAGAACUCUUCAUCUCUCCACCACCACCACAGUUACACACACACUUUGAGGCUCUACAUGGUCAGUGAAGAGCUUUUGUCCAAUCACAGAUCCUGGGAUCAAUCAGUGUUGCUUCAUGAGACUGAGUACAUUAGUUGUCUUAUUUCCUUGUCAAGUGUGGUUUAACUUAUUUGUAUGCAAGACUCGACUUGAUGUGAUCUCUUGGUCAGUGAGUGAAACUGAAGUCUUUCCAUGGGUGACCUCCAGCGCCUUCAUGCUUAGUUUUUUUGUUUGUUUGUUUGUUUGUUUGGGCGGUGUAUACUACAUAGAAUGUUUGUCACAAGCUUGUCACUUCCUGAAUGUGAUAUGCAAAUGAACUGGCCCCCUUCCUAACGUCACCUAAUGCAAUUAUGUGAUUUUUUUUUGACAUACUAAGCAUGAACAAUAAUUUCCCUGGAUUGCAUCCAUUUUUUUUUUUUUCCAGUUUUUUUUUUGGGGUGGGAAAUGCUGUAGUGAAUGGGUUGAAAGUCUUGUCUUGGAUAACAAUACUUGAUGUAAAUGCUCUAUUUGGAGACUGUACAUAAUUUUAUGAUAAAGAUGAUUAUAAAUUUAUAUGAUUUUAAUUUUAUAUAAAUAUUUUUUAUGUAUAAAUGCGUUGUCUCAAAAAUUGUGUCGAUAAAUUCUAAGUUGCAGAGAAUGCAGGCAUUAUCUAUUAGGAAUAAAGUUAUAUUAUUCAUUUGUAGACAUUUGUUGUUUUUUUCAGGAGUGAAGGAAGUUAAUUAGAGCAUUAAAAUAAAAUAUAUUAAAAAGUGCUGUUAACAUAUUUUUUUAAUUUUUAUACAAAAAUUUGUAGAAUCGUAUUGAUUAUCAUACAAUCUUUCCACUCUUAUUUCUAACAUUUUAUCUAGAAAUAAUAUUGCUUCAUUUUUCAUGACAGGGAAAGUCAUGUAAGCAGGUUUUAUCAGACAUAGGUGUUUAGAGAGGGAAAGUCUUGCAAGCAGUCUUUUUCAGACACACGUGUUUUAUUUGAUUAGUUCUCAAGAUAGUUAGUCCUUGAUAUAACAGAAACAGGAUUUUCUAAUCAUUUCACUGUCACUAUAGUGUACAUAAUAUAUAUAUAUAUAUAUGUUUGAUGGACUCAACUAUAUUCAUUGUAAUAUCUUCUUUUUUUUUUUUUUUUUGGCAAUUGGAGAAGUACGUGUGUAUUGUGAUUAGUCCUUUUUGUUCCUUUUGAACUCGUCAUAUUUUAGGCUAGAGCCGACUUCUUUCAGGAUAUAUUGACAGAAGCUGUAGUCUAUGAUACUUACACUCCAGAUGUGAAUGUAGAAUGAUUACUAAAAUAGUCGUACGAUUCCAUGUUGAGAUCUGAUGGACUGGAAGUUUGAAAAGUCCUCCCAGGGUAGGCUACACGCCAUUAGCAUAUUAGUGAACUCUUGCUUCACCUGAGUAGCAGUCUCAUAGAAAAACCUUUACUUCAACACAUAAUACAAUUUGUAGCGCUGGACCUUUCUCUCCUCUAGGGUUUGGAUUUACGCCUGUUAGUUAGAAUUAUUAAAUGUAUGAACUUGAUAAGUUACAAUUUUCUCCUUAUGAUGUAAUGUACCGGUAUUGGUAUUGUUCUAGUGUUAAAAGUGUAUAUUGGUUGUAGUGUUGAAGCAUGUGAUGUCCAUGCCCAGAUUUUCUUUUUAUCUAGUUGUUCUCAUGUAUUUAUAUAUCAAUGGGUUUUUUUCUCUUCUCUAACUUGAGCAUUGGGUUGAACUGCCAAUAGCUGGUCCCAAUGAAACAUUGAAACAAAUGAGUCUGAAUGCUAAAUUUAUUCAAAUCAAUAAAACAUUAUGCAAACUAAGUUUACCUUUUUUUUAAAAAACAAAAAAAAAUCUUAUCUGACAAAAAAAAUCCACCUUUUUUUUUUUCUUUCUGUAAGAGUGCCUUAUGUGGUUAUAAGCCGUUUUUUUUCUUUCAUAUUUUUUUCAAAUUCAAAAGAUUUGACAAAAACAAAUCAACAUGCAAAAAAAAGUUGUUCAGCGAGAAACUUGAAACAAAAAAUAUUUCUACCCAAGUUUGUCGUUUACUAGAUGAAAUGAACUUGUUAAAAUAUAGUGUAGAUUGAUAACUAGAUGUGAAUGCUUUUUGAAAGGAUUUAUAGUUGCUUUGGACUAAAAGGUUUCUUGCUGCUAAGAAGCUCACCUUGGAAGAUCCAAACAGAUGUAGAAAUGUAUAUUAUUACUUUGUAUUGGAAUGAAUAUCUAAAUGUAAGACUCAAAUCUUUCCGUAACAACACAAUCAUGAUCAAAAUGUUGUCAUGGUGAUCUAGAAAAUCAAUGAUGAGCUUAUUUAAAAAAGAAAAGACAGGCCCACCCCCCUAUCAUUUACAUAUUUACUUUCCCCAUAAUGCAACUGUUCAUUAAUCAUUUCCUUUAGCUCAUUAUAAUGAUAUUGAAUGAAUUUUUUUUUAUCUGAGAGAUUUUAAUCUUCGUCAUUCAACUGAAUGUUUGCCUGUGACUGCCAUCAAGUUCUGUCAUUCAAUAAUAGACUUGUGUUCUGAUUAGGCCCUGAUAUAACAAAUUAGCUAUUAGUCAAUUCUUUUAAAUGUAAAGAUUCAAAAUAUCACAUUCCAUUCACUUUCUUUUCCAGGUCUGAAAAUUGUCACACAACAUAUCUUCAAUUUGGGUGUUGUUAUUUUUUUUUUACUCUUGUUAUUAUUCAAUUAAUAUAUUGCCAUGUCAUUUCUGAGCGUUAGUAUACACUGGCUUUUUGGUUUCUUUAUAUUUUUUUUUUUGCAUCUCCUUUUUAGAAAAAUUCCUGGUUUGACUGGGGAGACAAUUUAAAUAGCAAAAGAACGCAAUCAAAACUUGAGAAAUAUAUUUAAACUUCUUCCUAUAUAAUAUAAGCCCUUGCCAUUUUGUCAUGAAAUCUCAAUGCAUGUCUGAUUUGCUAAUUUAGAUUGCCAAGAAAUGACAGAAACCAUUUAAUGGCAAUAAUAAGAAUAUGCACAAAUCUACUCAGCUGUAAAAAAAAAUAAAAUAUUAUUAAUAAAUAAAAGGUUUUGACUGAACUGCUGAGCAGAGGAGAGUUGUACUAAGAUUUGAGCAAGACCAGUUGUCGUAGUAGGCCUGAAGACUGAGCUGUGAUACGCAACCCUUGGUCUCCACUGGCCACAGGUUGCCAUGUCACAGAUUAGUGUUUAGGCCCAUUAUAAUGAUUGGUGUCUGUUUAAGUGUAUUUGUCUCUGGUUCUCAUUGAGAUCAAAGAAUGUCAAAGUUAAUGAGGCCAGCAAACUAUUGUCAUUCUUAUCAACACAUAGCAGGAAUCCAAUAGAUUUUGCUGGAUGUACUUAAUGAUCUCAUCCCAAUUAAAAAAUCAAUUACUGCCAGGAUUUAGAGCUAGGACCUAUGACUGGCAACUUACCAAAAUGUCACUAAAUUUCUUUAAAUGUUAUACUCCUAUACUUGGAUUGCAUGCCAUAGUCAGCCUUACUUUCUAAAUCUGAUGUCCAGUUUGCAGUAGAUACAUGAAUAUAGGGACAUGACAAACCUUUGACUUGCAUACUUAGUUACAAACAUAUGCUUGCCCUAAUAAUUUGGGGAUGUAGAAUCCGACUUUUAUAAACUUUUCCAUUUGAGAGUCAAUUUAUCAUUCAUAUCGUAUUACUUCUUUGACUGAUGUUGUUUUUAAUAGAAAUUCUAUAAUUAAACAUUUUGUUUUUGUAUUAGUAAUGUCUGUAUAUUAUAAUGUCAUUGUCUUAGAUUAGUCUGUUCUGAUUGGUUGUAAUUGAUAAUGGACAAAUAGUCUACAGCGUGAUCUUGUGUUUUGAUUGGUUCUCACUGAUGCUGUUGUAGUAGGAUCAAUAUGUGCAUGCUGUUUCUUUUGGUCUGAGCUUCUACCUGAGUUUGUGGUUUUGUGUAUUUCCCAUUUUGAUUUUGACUAUGAAAUUCAAUGCCUUUGACUAUAUACAUAUAAAAUAAAUAACAACAUAUAGAAUUGAAA